AAUUCUCGGAGUUCUAGUGAGAAGCCAUGACCAGUAGAGUUCAGGUGUGAGGCAGUCAUCCAUCGAAGACAAUGGAAUAUGGUCGCGCAGUAUCGUAAAUUGGUUGAAGUGAGACAUUAACACGACUGGAUGACGGCUCAGUUGUCUAGAGGUUAAGCGUUUCUGUGCGGGACCAUAGGUGCUCACCGUUUAGGAGUCACACUAGGGUGAAGCGGCCGUUCAGUGCUCCCAGGUUUUCAACAAUGGUCUGACAUUGAUGGACUCAUGAUCUCAAUAAAAAUUCAAUAACCUCCAAAACCCAAUACUGAGGAUGUGUCAUUAUCAACUCUAGGUUCACUACAACUUUACAGAUGUGAUGCCUUAUCAAGUAUGAUUCAAACUACAAAAUAAUGGCCUAGGACGUGCUAGUAGGUUUUGACCACCAUAAGAUAACUUCGACUAGUGGUCAGAAAUGGGUUCGACUUAAAAUUGGUCGCAGUAACUUGGAUGCAACGAAUCGUUGUCUACGGUGGUUAUGACUGACUAAUUAGUUCCAUAGUAAAAUAUAUGAUUGACUUCUGUUCUGAUUUCUGGUCAUUUUAGAUUUCUGCUCAAGUUAUUGUGCCUGUCACAUGUGUUCGAUCGAUGGACCAUAUAAGCAUAUCCGCAAAACGAAACCUUCAAUCGCUAUUCCCUAUAUUCAUCCCAAUCGUGAGCACUUAGAUGAAAGGGCAAUUUAUGGCUUCAUUAUAUAUCUUGUAUGUUUUCCUGCAUUUGUAUUGUAUGUAAUUUGGGCAUAUAUUCCACAUGAAUGGUUGAAUUUAAUUGGAAUAACAUACCUACCCAACAAACACUGGUCAGUUACUGCACCAAUCUCACUACUGAUUAUAUGUAUAUCUGGUCUUUUUGCUUAUAUUUGGAAUAAUCGUUCACUCAUGCAACCGCUUACAUCGAUUUAUCAAAUUAGAGAUUCACUUUCAAUGCAUGCUCAAAAUCCAACUGAUGGUUAUGUCACAGAUCAACAGUCUAAUUCAAACGUAUCAAAACCAAUGGAAUUAUUGAGACCAUUAUCGAUAGUCCCCCCUGUGUAUGAUUUGGAUCAUAUUUGGGUGACAAGCGAGUUGUAUUUAAAGACAAAUAAAGUUACCACCUCAAGCAUUAUUGACCAUGAUAAUAUGAAGCGUUAACAAAACAGAAAGGAUAAGAUUUUGUUUUUGUAAAUUAUUAGGUGUUGAUUGCUGUAAAUAUUUUGAAUCUUCAUUAUUGACGUUCCCUGUAAAUCAUAUCCGUAUAAAGUUUUCCGA